UCGCGUUUGCAGGACAUGUCCCGUGGCCGGCGGUCGUUCUUUCUGUUAUGCGGUCUGCUGGCGCUGGGACUAAAAGGUGCCCUAUGCGACCACGGCUCAGACUCGUCGCAACAGGACCACGAGCAGCAGCUGCUGCACCACAACUCGCACCAGCAGCCUCCGUCGACCACGCACCAGCAGCUCAAGGCCGAGCGGUCGGGCACGUACUAUUUGCACGACGUGGACAACAAGGCCCGCUUCGGCGUCGCUGGCGUUGGCGGCUCGGGACUGACGCUGCUGCUGCCCAUCCUCCUUGUGCUCGGCCUGUUCGUCAUCAUCAUCCCAAUAUUCGGGCUGCUCUUCACCACGGGACUCGCCGGAGGGUUCGGAGGCGGAGGUUUCGGAGCCGGCGUGCCCGGUGGACUCUACCCGGCCGCCUCGGCAGCCGGACGCAAGUGGGUCGGCGCGGAUUCGCCCCUACUGAGCCAGGAGAACGUCAUCAAGAUGGUCAGCUACGUCGACAAGGCGCUGCAGGACUUCGGAAAGCAGUUCAAGAACAAGCAAAGCUAACUGCACG